GGAAACCUUUCUUUGAAGUAAAGCUGAGCUGUGCUAAACUGUGGGGACAGCAAGAUACUGUAGGAGAGCAAGCAAGAGCAGACGGGUGUACCUCUCGGUGCACAGAUUCUGAAAUGUGGAUAAAUUUUUAUCCUGGAGCUGACAAACAAGACUUCUCUCCUCUUGGGACUCUGGACAGUCUAUCUGGAUGACUUUUUUCUUCUACAAUUCUUUAUUCGUUUUUAAGAUUUUAUAAGUUCUCUCUUUUUGUUUAUCUGCUGUAAUCAUGAUGCUUAGCCCUGUUACUUUGCAGCAGAUCAUUUCCACCCUGUUUGUGCUCGGGAGUACUGCAGUGAUGGCAGAGGGUGAGUGCCCAGCUGAGUGCUCCUGCACCCCCACACCCCCGCUAUGCCCGACAGGCGUCAGCUGGGUGACUGACCACUGUGGCUGCUGUAAAGUCUGUGCUAGGCAGUUCAAUGAGGACUGCAGUGCCACCGAACCUUGUGAUCUCAUCAAGGGGCUACGCUGCCAUCUGGGGGCUGGAGGAGACCCUAAAAGAGGACUGUGUCGAGCUGAGGCCCAGGGUUUGCCCUGCGAGUUCAGCGGGCAGGUGUACCAACAUGGUGAGGACUUCCAGCCCAACUGCCAGCACCAGUGCACCUGUAUGGACGGGGUGGUGGGCUGCAUGCCCCUCUGUCGUCAACAAGUGCCCCUGCCGAACUGGCACUGUUUGCGGCCCCGCCUGGCCAGGCCUGAGGGCGGCUGCUGCGAGGAAUGGGUGUGUGACGACGACAACCACAUCAGUGAGGAACCGGACAAGGUGACACACACCUCCCUGCUAGACUCUUCCCAACCACAUCAGACCCUUCCCAACCACAUCAGUGUCCUGCUGCAGGCCCAGCCACAACCUCAGCAUCCAGCUGCCACUGGAGGGGCCAUGUUCAGAGAGAUGGUGUCCUUCCCCAUGUCUGAAGUGUUACUCCAAUCCAGCUGUUUCCCACAAACCACAGAGUGGACCGAAUGUUCCACCACAUGUGGGAUGGGCAUUUCAAGUCGAGUGACCAAUAACAACCCAGACUGUCGGCUAGUCAGAGAAACCAGACUGUGCCAGAUCCGGCAAUGUGAGCUGCAGCUUCCUGUAGCUAGCAAGAAGGGGAAGAAGUGUCGGCAAACUGUCCGCACCCAGGAACUGGUCAGAAUCACCUUUGCCGGAUGCUCAACUGCACAGCGGUACCGCCCUCGCACCUGUGGGACUUGCACCGAUGACCACUGCUGCACACCCUCUCUCUCCCGCACUGUGUGGCUCCACUUCCACUGCCCUGAUGGAGAGGGCUUCUACAGAAACGUCAUGUGGAUCCAGCGCUGCAGCUGCAAUACAGUCUGUCGCAUGCACAGCGAGCCCUCCAGGCCUUCAGUUAGUCUCCACAACGAUAUACACAGCUUCAGGCACUGAGGCUAACUCAUCAUGCCCAGCCCUGGCCUGGCUCACUGGGCAAAGACUCUGCACCUCCCUGCCCCUAAACCCACCGUCUCCCUGUCUGUUAGUUGGGUGAGCUCCUGCCACCCCCCUUCCCAACCUGGCAAUACGCUCGCUUGCACUUUAAGCUCCUGCCACGAUGACAUCAGUUUGUCCACAGUAGAGGUGUGUUAUCAGAGCAGCACUGAGGACACAACAACACUGCAGUGUACUGCUGUGCUAGACUGUAGGCAGAGAGCUUUUACUGAAACUUAUUUUAUUUAUUUGUAACUUUGUGUCCUCUCCACAGAGGGCGACAUGACGGUUUGUCAUACAGAAAGAAGGUUGUUUGGAUCAGAUUUAUCAGAAGUGAUGGAAAUUAUGGGCAUGCAUUUUAAAUUAAUAAGGAAGAACUAGAUGUCAUAAGAUAUAUUCAUUAGUGACUAUAGGGACUGUGUGUUCAUUAUUGCCUGUCCUUUGUGAUUCAUUGUUUCCUACACAUGUAUUGAUUUUAGAAUUGAUUUAACUGUGUGUGUGUGGGGGUGUGUGUGUGUUUGUAUGAGUGUGUGUAGAUGAAAGUGUAUUGGUCUGUUUGAAGAAUGAGAAACUUUCACAAGAGAGAGUUUACAGAGAAUGUGUAUAGAGACUUCACUCUUGCUUGUGGAGUGGUAAAUUCUAGAAUCACCUCAUUUUUCGGGGUGUGAUUUUAUCUUAUUUUUUAUUUUUAUGUUAUUUUUGUGUCUUUUAUUGUGAGGGAUGGAAUUAUAUAAUAUAUGUAAGACAUAUUAAAUGUGUUAAUUGGAUGUUUUUGUCUAUAAACUCCUGUACAUCAAAUAAAAACUUAUCAACAUGCAA